UUAAAGAAAAAAAAUCUCUUAAAAUUAAUAAAAAAUUAAUAAUUUUUAAUCUUAAAAAAAUAAAGUGUUAAGUGUUACAACAACAAUUAAAUCCUAAAAAUUAUAAAAACAUAAACAAAAUGUUGCACGAAGCUUUAAUGUUAGAAAUCUAUCGUCAGGCCUUAAAUGCUGGGGCUUUACCCACAGCAAGGCCUCGUUCUACAGAAUCGGCCAAUUCCAGUGAGCGCUGUCCUUCACACGAAUCGAAUUCAUCGGAAAAUGGCAAAGAACAUCGUGAGAAUUCCAUAAAUCAUCCACCAGCAGGUAUUUUACCCCUGCCCAACUCACCCAGUGCAGCUUUUCCCAGCAUUCCAAAUUUGCCCGGUCAACCACCCUCCAUGGAGGCUUAUCUGCAUAUGGUGGCUGCAGCUGCCCAACAAUAUGGUUUUCCUUUGGGUGCUGCCGCAGCGGCAGCCGCCGCUGGACCUCGUUUACCCUUACCUCUACCCACAGAAGCGGCCGCCUCUUUUAAACUACCACCUCAAGCUUCACCCACCGCUUCUAGUAAUCAUUCGGAAGCUUUAGAUUUUCGUACUAAUAUGUUUGCCCGUUCGGGUUCUGCUGAACCUGCUGGCUCUGAGGAGGAGGAGGAAGAAGAAGAGGCCAAUGAUGCCAAUAAUCCUUUGGAUUUAUCAGUGGGCACCCGCAAACGUUCAGCAGAUGAUGAAUCGGAGCCUGAUUCCAGCAUCGGUCAAAUACAGGUUAAGAAAAUCUUCAAAUCCGACAGUCCUCCUUUGGUGGCUCAACCACCAGCCGCUACACAAGUUCCUCCUAAUCCUUUAAUGCCAGGAGUUAAUCCUUAUUUGGCCGCAGUAGCUGCCGCCAAUAUCUUUAGAUCUGGGCAAUUUCCCGAUUGGAAUGGUAAAAGUGAUUUAGUGGUAGAUCCUUUAGAGAAAAUGUCCGAUAUAGUAAAAGGACCGCGCAAAGAGAAAUCUAGCCGCAAUGCCAUGAAUCAACAACACAAUAACCCAACAGCAGCAACACAACCCAUAAAUCCCCAACCACCAGCUCCAGUGGCCAAUAAUCCUCUGCCUGCCUCGAAUGAGGGCAUCACCAAGACACGCCACAACAUAUGGCAAUCUCAUUGGCAGAAUAAGGGUGUAGCCAGUUCAGUAUUCCGCUGUGUGUGGUGUAAACAAAGUUUUGCUACCCUAGAAGCUUUGACUACCCACAUGAAAGACAGCAAACAUUGUGGUGUAAAUGUACCGCCAUUCGGCAAUUUGCCCACAGCUAAUGAAAGACCUCAGGUACAGCAAAAUCCAGCUCCGGCAGGUCCUCAACAUCAUCGACAACAAUCGAAUAAAUCCAAUAAUUCGGGACCUUCUCAGGCAGCCAAAAAUGCAUUCCAAUAUCGUGGUGAUCCACCCACACCUUUGCCACGUAAACUGGUAAGAGGACAAAAUGUUUGGCUGGGCAAGGGUGUCGAACAGGCCAUGCAAAUUUUGAAAUGUAUGCGCUGUGGUGAAAGCUUCCGUUCGUUAAAUGAAAUGACCAAACACAUGCAGGAGACUCAGCAUUAUACCAAUAUACUCUCACAAGAGCAAACGAUCUCAAUGAAAUCAUCCUCCAAUACAGGAGAAAAUAAAGAGGGACAAAACAGUUUAAGCUCGGAGGAAAGCCGCACUCUCAGUGCUGUGCUCACCUGUAAGGUGUGUGAUAAAGCUUUUAAUUCUCUGGGUGAUUUGAGUAAUCAUAUGGCCAAAAACAAUCAUUAUGCUGAACCUUUAAUGCAAUCUAUGGGUACAGCGGGUAAUCGCAAAAGACCAGCUCCCAAAAAGCGUGAGAAAUCGUUGCCCGUUAGAAAGCUUUUAGAAAUGAAAGGUGCCCAGGAUCAAGUGGACUCUGAAAUGGAAUUAAAAAUGCAGCAACGUCCCGGCAUGGGACCUGGUUCGGAUAAAACCGAAGCGGCUCUCUUUGCCGAACGUAUGCGUCAAUAUAUAUCGGGCAUUAAGUCCGAUGAAGCUGCCAAAAACAAUAUGAAUGCCUUGGCUCAACUCAGCAAAACAAAAUCGCCCGAAUUAAUGGAAUCUCCCAAAAAUGGUGCCACCAAAACAGCUCAGGGUUCUUCCUCAGUCUUAAGUGCCAUAGAACAAAUGUUUACCACUAGUUUCGAUACACCCACUAGACAUGCUGCCCUGCCAGCGACCAGUCCUUCCAAUUCGUCCACCAAAAAUACCUCGCCUGUGGCUUCUAGCAUACUCAAACGUUUGGGUAUCGAUGAAAAUGUAGACUACAAUAAGCCAUUGAUCGACACCAAUGAUCCCUAUUACCAGCAUUAUCGCUACACCAGCAGUGAGCGUAGUGCCAGUGAAUGUAGUGCUGAGACCCACAAUGAUUCUAGGAAAAUGGAAAAUCCUACUCCGGAUAAACCAGAAAUGGAGGAAAAUCCCCAUAAAAUGGAUUAUGAUGUAGAGAUUAAGAAAGAACCAGAAAUGGAAAAGACUCAUUCACCCAUAAUGCAGCAGCAGCAGCAACAACAACAACGUGAAGAGCAAAUGACUAAUAUUAAAAUGGAAAUUAAAGCUGAAUUAGAGGAUGAGCAAGAGCAAAAUGAAGGCAAUAGCCCUAGAGCAGGCAGUGGAGAACGUGAUGUAACCACUAAUGGCAAUGACUAUGCCAACAAUAACAACAACAACACCAAAGAAUGCAAUGUUCAAUCACCCAAGGCACACAGUCCACAACCACGUGUAAUGCCGCCACGCAGCCCCACCGAUAGUCAUCGUUCCAUGACACCCAAAUCACCAGCUUCCAGCAUUAAAUCCUACGAUGGUGGCGAAAAGAAAUAUCCCAGUGAUUCACUCAAUGCCCUCUCCUCCAUGUUCGAUUCGUUGGGCAGCACUACCAACUCCUCCACCAUCAGUAAUCGUCCUCAGCCCCAAAAUACCGCUGUGCUCAGUAAUAAAAUCGAUUCUCCCGAAAAUCUCACCACAUCCAAUUCGUUAGCCGCUUUACGUCAAUUCUGCAUUAAGAAAGAGAAAACCGCUUAAAAACGCUCUCGUCUUAUUUCGUUUUUUAUUUCAUUUCUAUUAUGGAAACAGUGAGAAAACAUAUUUUUUGUUUUUGCUAUAUAAUUUCGUUGGUAUUCGUCUCGCGUCUCACUAGCCGGAGAUUGAGCCGCGAAAUUAUGAUUUCUGUUUUAUUACAAACAAAAUAAACGCUCUUUAGCAGCCAGCAAGACAAGCGUGUGUCUUAAAAUAAUUUAUGAUUUUUAACUAAAAAAAAAACAAUUUUAAACUCAACUUAAAAUAAAAAUAAAUUCUCGCCGCCAUUCACCAAAAAUUUAAUAAUAAUAAUAAAAUUUCGAAACACCAACUACAUAAAGCUCGCUUGCUUUAUAAUAAAGAGUGUUAAACAACUUCCGAGAGAGUAAAAACCGGAAAGUUCUGAAAGCGAAAGAACUUUGCUGCAACGCCACCGAAGCAAAGUUAACGACUACGGAAAGAGAAACUCGUAAAAGUGCCAAAUAAUGCAUACGAGUAAGCAUAAGAGAGCUAGUUAAAGGAGAGAGCUUUUCAAAAGGAGGUAUUAGGAAAAAGCGUACUUUACAAAAAACAAUUAAGAAAAGAGACUGGAUA